AUGAAUAUUUUUUAUCGUUGUCCUUAUUCCUUGAUAUUUUCUUCAUUCAUUUUACAUUUUUUUACGAUUUUAUUCUUUUUUUCUUCAUAUAUUUUUAUUUUCCUUUAUCUUUUCUUCUUUCAUUUUACAUCGUUUUUAAAUUUUAUUCCUUCUUUUUCUUCUUUAUAUAUUCUUCUUUUCCUUUUCCUUUAUUUUUGUCUUCAUUCAUUUUACAUCUUAUUUACGUUUUUAUUUCUUCUUUUUCUUAUUCAUAUAUUCUUCUCUUCCUUUCUUUAUUUUACUGUUUCUAUUUCUUCUUCAUUCUUCUACUUAUUUUCAUUUUAUUUUCUUCUUUUGUCUUUAGCCCUGUUUCCUUCUUUCUUUGUUCUUAUUCGUUCUUUUAUUUUUCUUUCACUAAGUAUGCCAUCCGUUGUUUCCCCCUCUCUCUCUCUCUCUCUCUCUCUCUCUCUCUCUCUCUCUCUUCGAUCUGCCCUCCCAAGGUUUUCUUUCGAAUUCCGAGAGCGAAAUGACGUAGCCUCUAUCGUCUUGCAAUCAACAACUGCUAGCGGUCGUGAUGGAAGCGACACCGCGAUCUACAAGCGCGAAACGAAAGAAUCGACGCAAAAAAACUACAGUCUCUCCUCUUCAUCUUCAUCCUGCCACGUCCCGAUUUCCUCCGCAUGA